GGCUGUUUUUGAAAGAAAACAAGAGCAGUUAUAAAGCUGACUUUCGCAAGAACUACAUGCCCCUUUAUUCUAGGAAGCAGCCAAAAGAACAAGAGGCCACUGAAGACAAAACUUUCUGCAAACGCCUGCACACGGUGUUGUGCGCAGGCAUCUGUUAGAAGGAGAGAGUGCUCUUCGUUGCAGGACUUCUGUGCACCUGUUGACACUCUGACAUGAUUUACAGCUGAAGAACUGCUAAGUCCUGGAUUUUUUCACCGUCGACCAGAGGAAACUUUGCACAAAAUCUGUGAAGUUUGAACAAGCAGGCUUCCCAAGAUGUACGGAAUAUCUCAACUGAUGUCAACACCAGUGGCAAGUAAAUGUUCUUCUGGCUCUGAGAGAAGAUAUACUGGAGAGCUGUCUCCCACAUGUGUUUUCCCAAGUUUUGCCUGUGAUUUCCUGGAUGGUGACACUUCCUUCAAAUGCUGCUCUGUAGAUCUAACAGCCUCCCACUUUGCCUGUCGCCGAAGUCCCAGACUCCUCUCCAAUGGAUACUACACUUGGACAGAAGACAGUUUCCUCUGUGACAAAGAUGGCAAUGUAACUCUGAACCCACCCCAGACCAGUGUUCUUUACAAGGAGAAUUUAGUUAGAAUAUUUAGAAAGAAGAAGAGAGUCCGCCGUUCCUUUUCUAAUCUCUUCAGCCUCGGUACCUCUGAAUCCUGGCUGCACAGAAACAUCUUUGGUGAUGUUGACUCUUCCUUAAGUGAGGACGCCUGGUUAGAGGGGGUCAGGAGGCUGGACAUGCAGCAUUGCAAUGAAACUGGAGGCGAUUCUGACUGUUCCCUGACUGAUGCCUGCGAGUCAGAGCAGCCAAAUGUAGCCGCCUCCUCUAGCCAUGCCAUAUCUCAGAGUCCACGACAAAACUCCCACGAUGGGGCUCUUCAGUCUCAUGUGAUGUCUUCUGAACAUUUCCCAGGGAACAUUUUGGAUCGUGCAAAAGCCAGUCUGUGGGAAGAGGUCUCCUUUCCAGCGAUUCUGCUGGCUGUGUUCCUCAUCAUCUGUGCAUGUGCAAGAUGGUUUCUGGAAGGAAUAUUAGUCAGUGUCUUCACAUGUUCACUGGUGGUGAUUAUUGCCUGUUUGCCAAAAUUUGACAACCACUUAGGAAUGUCUCUGAUGAAUGCCUUCAAUCUGAAUACCCAGAAAUUGUCUGAUUUGCAGUCUGCUUGGAAUCAAUUGUUUUAUUGGAGGAGAAUGAGGAGCUGGAUAAUUGAGAAAAAAAUAUUUUAAUUUGGUUAUGUGUUUU